AAGCACAAGCGUUGUCCAUGUAAAUACUCCGGAAAAGAACUAGUUUGAGAAAUGGGUGCUGUCGCCUGAGAGGAGUAUGAGAGAAAAGCACUACGGAUUAUGGCACCGUGAAAUUUAAUUCCGCACUCUACAAGGCAAGUGGGGUGUAACCAUGGAGAAAGCCAACACCAGUUUCCCCAGUUAUAAUGAAUUAGAUGACUACCUCAACAAACACAACUCCAACUUUGUGUGGCUCCUCGUGGCCACUAUUAUGUCAUGCGGAUGGAUCAUAUACCUGACAUACUACAAUUCCCGUAAUAUUGGACUCGUCCUCACCCUCAUCAUUAACCGUCUCUAUAAGAAUGGAUACAUACACAUUGGUUCAUUUUCAUUCUCUGUGCUGUCUGGCAAGGUCAUGUUUCGAGAUGUUUAUUUCAUCAGUGAAGACAUGUCGAUCAGAAUUCAAGAUGGGUUACUUAUAUUUCGUUGGUGGAAGAUGUACAAUCCCAAACAGAAACAACAUGACCCAAAGGCUGAGACACGGCUCUAUGUCACGCUUAACGGAUUUGAGUUCCAUGUCUAUAAUCGCACGGAUCUGUACACACGGCUACAGGAAAUAUUUGGCCUAGAGCCCACCCUUGUCCCGCCCCACCGGGAUGAGGAGAAAGGGCGAGAGCAGAGAGAUAAAUCCAUGGAGAGUGUUCACAUCAAAGCUGAGACUCCGGACCCGUCAUCUUCCUGGAGGUCUCUCAUCCCCGUCAUCAAAGUCAACAUCAGUACAGGUCGUGUAGCAUUCGGCAAUCACCAUCUUCCCCAAACCCUGUGUAUGAACUUUGACGAUGCCUUCCUGACAUAUGCCACAAAACCACCAAGCAGCCACUUAGAUCAGUUCAUGCACAUUGUGAAGGGUACUCUGGAGAACGUCCGCGUCAUGCUGGUGCCCAGCCCACGAUACCUGGGCCUUCAGAAUGAUGAACCUCCCAGGCUCAUGGGAGAGGGCUUUGUGGUCAUGCAGUCGAAUGAUGUCGACAUCUACUACUACCAGGAUGAACCAGGUUUGGUCCCAGAGGAACUGGAGAAUGGAGAUACAGAAGCCUGUUCUGAAGAUGCCAAGCUACAGGACUUGCCUCCGUGCUGGGGUUUGGACAUUGUGUGUGGCAAAGGAACAGACUUUAACUAUGGCCCAUGGGCCGACAGACAGAGAGACAGCCUGUGGAAGUUCUUCCUGCCUGCAGACUAUCAGCAAAUGAAAGUGAGCGAUGUUGCCACACCAGGCAAACCCCGAAAGAUCCUUGCGUUUGAGCUGCGUAUGAACAUCAUAGCUGAUGCGACAAUAGACCUGCUAUUCACAAAGAACAGGGAGACUAAUGCGGUCCAUGUGAAUGUAGGAGCAGGUUCUUACCUCGAGGUCAACAUACCCAUGACUGUUGGGGAGAAUGGUUAUUCUCCCACUGUUAAAGGCCAGUUAUUACAUAUAGAUGCAACCAGCAGUAUGCUGUACAGGACACUGCUAGAGGCUGAAAUGCUUGCUUUCUACGUCAUAGCCAGCUAUCCACGCGUUUGGAAUAUGCCUCAGUCCUGGCAGUGUGAGAUUGAGGUUUACAAAGCAACGUACCACUUCAUCUAUGCACAGAAGAACUUCUUCACGGAUCUGAUCAAGGACUGGGCCAGUGACAGUGAACCGGACAUCUACUCAUUCGUUCCAUAUUCGUGGAAGUUUAAGAUACUCUUUCACCAGUUUGAGAUGAUUUGGGCUGCCAAUCAACACAACUGGAUUGACUGCUCCACCAAACAGCAGGAGAACGUUUAUCUUGCUGCCUGUGGGGAAACGCUGAAUAUUGACUUCACUUUGCCAUUUAACGAUUUUGUCCCGACCACCUGUAACACACGUUUCUGUUUGAGAGCUGAGGACACAGAUAUGCGCCUGUGUCUGCCUGACUGUCACCCCAGCCGGUACCCACUGCUCACCCUCACUAAAGAUUACCAGCACUGUAAGACCCAUCCAGACAACAAAAUGCCAGCAGAAGGGCAAGGAGCACCUCCCAAAAACAGCAAACCCCGCUGGAGGAACAUGACUAAUGCAGAGGCUGGUUGGGUGGACUGCUGGAGUGUGCCGAACUUCAUGCUCAUUAUAGACUAUACUUGGCAUCCCAUCUACCCUCAGAAAACUGAACAGCAGCUCAAACAAUCAUUGUCAGAAAUAGAGGAGUCCAUGCUGUCCGCACUGCGACCGCCAGAACACCCUCGACCCCUGCCUCCUCCACCUCGAAUCUCCUCUGACCCCAGUUUGCUGCCCCCUGACCGCUUACAUGUGGAGAUGGAGCUGAGCCCCGAAUCCCACGUCACCCUUUAUGGCCCUCUCCUCAGAGCACUGGUGUCCAUCAAGGAGAACUACUUUGGAGAGGACGACAUGUACACAGACUUUGAGGAGUCUCUAUCCAGCCCUGUGCUGAGCUCCUGCUCUUCUUCAUCUUUUUGGCCUGGGGUGGGUCUGGAGGAGAGCCGCUCUAAAGACACACCCCACCCUCUCUCCCUACGGCCCUGGGACAUCACCGUACUCAUCAAUCUGCACAAAGUCCAUGGGCGGCUUCCAACGCACUGUAGCAGUGAUGGCCCAGAGGGUCCUGCGGGCUUCCUAGAGCGCCUGUGUUUUGAGAUGAAAAAGGGUUAUAAGGAGACCAUGCUACAGCUCGUUCUCUCGCCUCUACAUGUGUUUGUCAGUGAUAACUAUCAGCGGCCUGCUGUUGAUGCUGUGUUGAGAGAUGGGCAUCUGAGCCUCUCGGGGUUGCAGAUGAGAGCCCACGCUAUGUUCUCAGCAGAAGGCUUACCAGCGGGCAGUGACACACUGGAAUAUGCUUGGCUCAUCGACGUUCAAGCUGGAGCUCUUACUGGAAGAGUCAGUGUGCCACAGUGCGCGUCGCUUCUGGAGUGGGGCGAGAGCUUUGUGUUUCAUGUAGUGUCCCGAGAGUUUCAGCUCCAGCAGCCAAAACCAUCUGUCACCUGCCAACAUGGAGUUGAUCGUAGAGUCUGUGAUGCCAAGCAUGCAGCCCUGCCUGGUCCCUGUCGUACAUCAGAGGAUCUGAAGUACACCAUGACUCGACUAACAGUUGACGGAGCCCAGGUUUUCAUUGUUGAACACGGCUGUGCAGCCAAUAUUAAGACCGGAGCCUUGCGGUUGGCCACAUGUAAUUUGCAUACAGCUGCUGUCGGCGAAGGCAUCAGUGCCGUUCUGCAAGACGUAGUGAUCGCUCAAUUCAUCGAACAACAGGAAGUUGCCCGGCUUGGCCUGCCUCCACCCCUCCUUCGGCGUUCUCAUUGGCUCGAAGCCGGUUCGGUGACCUUUAACCUCAUCACGGCUGAUGUGGCAUUGGCUGCUGACCAUCAAGCCAAAUAUGAGGUUCAGAGGCAGUUCCUGGAGCUUCAUGACAUGAAAACAAAAAGACUUUGGUUCCUUUGGCCUGAGGACAAAUACAAGCGAAGCCGUAAUCGCUGUGGUUGUCUUGGUGGAUGUCGUUUUUUUGCCGGCUCGGGUGGUGGCCUGGACUUCUUCCGCUUGGAGGAAAUUACACCCUCUUCAAGCUCCGCCUUCUCUAGCAUCAUUGCAGAGAGUGACAUGUCCUACGGCCAAUCAUUAUUACAUCCAGGAGAAUGGAUCAUCACUAAGGAAACUCCUAAACUCUCAGACUCUAAAGGUGUUGCUAUACGGAGAGAAACGUGUUCCCCUGCUCCGAUAGUGGACUUGGAGAAACGUGGCCAGCACCUCAGUCUGCAUGUACCUCAGCGCUCCCACAGCUCUGCCUCUUCCUCUGAGGAAAACUCUUCCUCCAGUGCUGCUCUGCCUCUGUUAGCUGGAGAACGAGAGAGUCCCUCCCCCUCUACAGAGUUAAUGAACGUAACCACUGACGGUCCAAUUCCUGAGGGUCCACCCUUGCGCUCUCCACUCCGCUCUCCUCUCAAGCGCCAGUCAUCUGUCCAAUCAGCUCGCCUUGGCAGCACCAAGAGCCUAUCAGCUGCCGUCUUCAUAGAGAAAGCCACUCCUCCUACUAGUGUGCAGUUUAGCAGCGAGGUUUCCCGUAGCGAUGAGAAUGUUCUGGACUCGCCAAGGCAGAGAAGAAGCUACGGUUCAUUUCCUUUCACUCCAUCAGCGGAUUCUAGCACAUUCCAUCAGUACCGCUCAGCCGACUCCUCCAUGUCUGUGGCUGACAGUGAAGCCUAUUUUAGCGCUAACGAGGAGUUUGAGCCAAUCAGUAGCGAUGAAGGUCCAGGUACCUAUCCAGGGAGGAAACGCAGACGGAGACAACAGGGUCAACCUCACACAGAACACAGUCGUACAUCUAUAUACCACAGUGUGGAAGGUCCUCUGUCAAUUGCUGAGACCCGUCCACCUCUGCUGCCUAGCCACACUUCUCAAGCCUCAUUUGUCUCUGCACUCGGAUUGGAGGAAGAGGGCUCUAUUGAAACCGAAAAGGUAGAGCCUGGCCUCCUGACAACACAGCCACAUUUAAUGGCUUUAUACCAAAACUACCUUGCACAUUAUCAUGUUUCAAACUGGGCUGUUAAGCAACCAACCAAUAAGAGAACAUCUAAGUCAUCGCUGCAUCGUCCGCUUGACCUUGACACACCUACAAGUGAGGAGAGCUCCGCCUCCUUUGACCACUUGUCCAUACCGUCUUUUAAGAUGGUGAAGGGUGGUUUGUCUGCCACCUCACUAUUGGACAGAGGAGUUCGGCUCAUGAGUAAUAUAAACAGCACACCUUACACACCACUUAACAAGCAGGCAGUGGACAACACGGAUGAGGACACAGUGACAGAGGACUGGACUGCUGAUCAGCCUCUUGCCCAGACGAGAACCACAGCCAUUGUAGAGGUCAAAGGGGCAGUCAAUGUGGUUCUGACUCCUUUAGUAGCUGAAGCUCUAGACAGGUACAUUGAGUCGAUGGCUCACUUUGCCAGUAUUCGCCACCCUGCAUCAAUCCUGGAUGAUCUGCAUGGAAAAGUGCUUAAUGAAGUGUAUCAGAUCAGCAAAUCCACUGUCUCUGAGUCUAGCACAGCAAAGCCAGAGCACAAAAUAUCUAAAACAGAGGGAACCACCCCUGGGUCUCUGAGCACGCCGCAUGGACAAACUGAUCUGUCAAUCAAACCUGACAAUGUGAAGAUAAAGGGUUUGCAAGCUAAUGUGACUGUCCCAAAGGUGAACCUUUGUGUACUUCAGGCAUCUGUAGAAGAAGGUUCACCAUCCAAUAAGAGUGUCACACAUGUCUCUCUAGUGGCCUUGUGUUUUGACCGGAUUGCUACUCAGUUGCGCAUGAAUAGGGGCAUAGUGGAGGAGACAGAAAAGCCCUCUGUUAUGAUGGAGAAGUUUUCAUCUGCAUCUAAGAUGGCACCUCAGUCAAGCGGUUCUCUCCGCUCUAAUGCUGGGAUUGAGAAGGGCAAGGAGAUCGCAGCCAGACUCAACAUACACCGCAUACACAGCCAACUUCGUGGCCUGGACUCAUCAGACCUUGGAGCUUGUGCCAUCACUGCCAUUCCUUUUGAGAAGUCUAAGGUUCUCUUCAGUUUGGAGGAAGCUGAUGACUUUGUUUUAGUGGAUGAGACCCAGCCCUCUAUCUCCACUGAACAUGUCCCAGAACGCACCCCUGACCACGCUCGCUCUGGCGCCAGUCCUGAGAAAUGGGGUUGGAUCAUGUUUGAAUGUGGGAUUGAGAACCUCACUGUCAAAGGUGGGAGGCAGUCAGGAGCCGUUCUAUACAGUACUUUUGGGGUGAUGGGCGGGGCUGACAGCGGUGUCAGGGAUGGAGUCUCAAAAUCAAAUGAUUCUAGUGGUUCUCAGACAGGAAGUGGCUACAGCACUGAUGUAUCUGACGAUAACCUACCCAAUGAUGCGCAGAGCCCUGCUUCUGAACCCAACAACAAUUCAGACUCUGACGAACAGGAUGAGGGAGUGGAGUCAGAUGAUCUGAAAAAGGACCUGCCCCUCUUGCCUCCUCCUCCUGACUCCAGCAGUAUGAAGCUGACGAUAAAGGAGAUCUGGUUCAGCUUUGCUGCACCAACCAACAUCCGUUCUCACGCUCCAGCCAUGUCAAGGCAGCUGAAUCUGUUGAGUACUGCGACCCCUGCGGUCGGUGCAUGGUUGGUUCCCAUUGACCAGCUGAAGUCCUCCCUGCAGAAACUAGACAUGGAGGCCACAUUGCGUGUGUGUGCGGUCAUGGGCUGCAUAAUGACUGAGGCCCUGGAGAAAAAGAGUAUUCACAUUCCUUUUCGCAGCAAGUAUAACCGCGUUACAAAGCGAGCCCGAUAUCUUCACGAGAACCCGUCCUGUUUGCUGUGUAAUAUUCUACAUCGUUACCUGCAGCAGGCUGAUUACAGAACCAUUGAAGAGGCCACCAUGAAUGAUGAACUGCCUGCUCUGGUCACCCUGAGGAAGGGUUUGGUGGCGCUUGCUCGUCAGUGGAUGAAGUUCAUCGUUGUCACACAGGGCUUUAAGGCGGUUGGUUUGCCACGACCCAAUCAGCUUCCUAAGCCCAAAGAGCAGGACCCCAUUGAUCCUGAUCAGACACAAGGGCCAGACUGUGGCACAGCCUUGCAGAGUGACACAAGUGCUGAUGGAGCUGAGUUUGAGUUUGAUGCAGGUAUUGUAAGUGAACAUACAAUGUUGUUAGAAGGAGUAUGUAGUCGUCCAGCUCCCACCGGUAACUCUGCCCCCGUGACUGGAGUCGAGAUCAUGAGAAAACUGUCCAAAUCUCACACACACAGCGAGUCUGCCCUUAGGAUCAAGGGUUCCCACCCCUACCAGUCCCUGAGCUACACGAGUGGAGAUACAGCAGCUGAUUCUCCUGCUCAUGUCAGUCGGACAGGGCUGCAGACCAAUCACAGCCCUCGGAAAGAGUCGUUGCUCAGUUACUUAACAGGAAGCAUCCACAGUCUGCACAACCUCCUUGAAACCACGCCCCAUCGAGCAAAUGAACAAACCACAGCCAAGAGCAGCUCUCUGACACGUACAGGCAAUAAUGUUGGUGCAGACGUGUUAACAGAACAUCCUCUUCUACCGGAGCCGUUUUCCGUCAGCUUCUACAACUGGAUGUCAAAUGCUGUUGGCAACCGCACAGGCGGCCACGGCCAGGACUCUCCUCUCAACCGCUCUCAGCACAACAGCCUGCAGACCGGAGGAGUCCUCCCCACCAUUCCUUCUGCAUCUGAUUUUAACACUGUACUGUCCAGUGAUCAGAACACACUGGACACACACUCUCAGCACACACACUCCCAGCACAGCACAAGUGAAGAUGACCUGCUUGAUCAAGAUGAGACAAAUCUCUGCCCUGCAGCUGUGCAGCUAGCCGACGCACAGGUUGUUUUUAAGCCUUUGUUGAGUCACAUUGGUAUCCAGCCCCAGGAUGCUCCUCCACUUAGUUACAAGAUGUAUUUUGGGGAGCACCUGUCCUUCAGCGGCACUCUCGAGUGUUUGAGAGCUGACAUUGUCGACUCUGAUACCAGCAAAGACAGGAAGAACAAACGAGCACAGAGGCAGGGAGUGAUAAACCCUCCCCCACUCGAUUUCAAGCCUGCCCUGAUGAUUGAGACGUUCAGUUUGAAUGCAGUUGUACUGGAGAAGUGCAUGUCAACCCCUCCCUCUGCCAGCGCGCUGUCCUUCCACGAGCUGAGCCGGAGACCCCAGGCCAGUGUGCACUGCCAUUUUACUCUUGCUUGCCAAGCGAUUCGCCAGCACGUGGAUAUGGCCCUGGUCCGCCUCAUUCACCAGUUCAGCACAAUGAUCGAUGACAUCAAAGCCACACAGACUGACAUCAAGCUCAACCGCUACACUGCCGGCUCCUCUUCCCCAACGCCCACCAAGGCGCGGCCGUAUCGGGACUUUCGCUCUUCUGAUUUCAGCCGUAGUUCUCGUGGGAGCCUGAAUGGAGCUGCUCGACUGGGCACUCAGAAGGGCAAGCGGACUGUGGUCGGGCCAGGCCUAGACACGCUGACCAGGAAUCGAGAGCCUCGUGGAAGGGGGACACUGGGGCGUUCGGAGCGAAGGACAUCAAAAGUAUCUCGGAAGGGUUCGCGUGAUGUGGCGGACCACAUGACCAUUCAGAUGGAUGACUCAGACUCCAUCACAGUGUCAGAACAGAGCGAGCCGUCGGCCGAGUGCUGGCAGAACAUGUACAAACUUCUUAAUUUCUACUCGCUCAUAUCAGACCCCACAGGCAUCCUGGAGAAGAACCAAGAUAAUGUCCUCUCAGAGGGUGGACGGAGCCCUGCAGAUCCUCCAUGUCAUGUGGUGUAUGAAACUGAAGGCGAGACGCCGCCCAGUCGAAUGGGUCGAAGGCGGAGCUUGGUAAGCUCUGAGCCCCAGCAUGUGACACUGAUCGUGUUCGGCGUUGGCAUGGUGAACCGCACACAUCUGGAAGCAGACAUUGGAGGACUGACCAUGGAGGCGGAGCUUAAGAAAAUACAUGGGAGUUUUACUCUAAAGGAGAAAAUGAAGGAUAUUCUCCAUCAGAAGAUGACUGAGACCUGUGCCUCGGCCCAUAUCGGAUGUGUGAACAUUGUGCUUCUGGAAGGAAUCACACCAGACAUACAACUAGAGGAUUUUCCAACCUCACCUACCAGCACAACCAAGCAGGAGUUCCUGACGGUGGUGAAGUGUAACAUCGCAAAGUCCCAGGCUUUAUAUAGCGCACAGCGUGGGCUGAAGACCAAUAACGCUGCCAUAUUUAAAGUGGGUGCAAUCUUCAUCAACAUCCCGCAACACCCUGCAACAUUGCACAGCAUGAUGGUCCGUAGCUCCCACCAGCUUUCAAAACAGAUUUCAGACCUCAUCCGUCAGCCAUCGAACAUCCCCCCGCCCAACCGCGAAGACACGCCUACUCCCCAGCCUUCUGAAGUGAGUGUCAAUCAAACUCCGGUGGAGGCCAUUGAGUUUCCUCAGCUGCCUGAAGGACUGGAAAAGAAGCCAAUCGUGUUGAAAUUCAGUGCUAUGCUGGAUGGGAUCACUAUUGGUGCAGCCCUAUUGCCCUCUCUCAAAGCAGAAUACAAGAUGGGUCGCAUGAAGAGCCAUGGCAUGACAGGUGCUCAGACACGAUUCACUUUUGAACUACCCAAUCAUAAGCUGUGUUUCCAGUCGAAGGUUUCCCCUGUGGAUGUGUCGGCCAUGCCCCCCACUGCCAGCCUGACGCUGCCUCCCGUCACCAUGUCAGGACAGUACAUCAUACAGGAGCACGAGGGGCACAGCGACACUGCCUGGGCCCCAGGAUACAGCAAUUAUCUUCAGGGAAACUACCUGCGCUGUGUAGCUGAGAUUGGAUCUUUCGAACACAACUUGACUACAGAUUUGCUCAACCAUCUAGUCUUCCUUCAGAAGGUAUUCAUGAAGGAGGUCAAUGAGGUCAUCCAGAAGGUGUCAGGAGGCGAACAGCCAAUCCCACUGUGGAAUGAACACGAUGUGUCAACAGAUGGCGACAAACCUAAAAUUUUGCUUUAUUCUAUUAACCUGACUUUUAAGGGGAUUCAAAUGACAGCCACCACUCCUUCAAUGAGGGCAGUGCGCUUUGAGACGGGCUGGAUUGAGCUUGAACUGUCCAAUCGGGUUCAGUGCAAGACUACUCCCACAGGAAGUAACUACCUGAAGCUCUUUGGCAAAUGUCAAGUGGAUCUCAAUUUGGCUUUGGGACAAAUAGUCAAACAUCAGGUGUAUGAGGAGGCGGGGUCAGAUUUCCACCAGGUGGCGUAUUUCCGCACUCGAAUCGGUUUGCGCAAUGCUCUUCAGGAGGAGAUCAGUGGUAGCUCUGAUAAAGAGGCUGUCUUAAUCACACUCAACCGUCCUAUUGUUUUUGCUCAGCCAGUAGCAUUUGACAGAGCUGUUUUGUUCUGGCUGAACUAUAAGGCUGCCUAUGAUAACUGGAAGGAACAGCGCUUGGCUCUCAACUCAGACAUUCAUAUGGCCACCAAAGAGGUGGUGGACAAACUGCCAGCCAUACAGCAGACCAGCGUCCAGGCCUUCAGCACUCUCUUCCUGCAGCUCACUGUCAAUGACCUGGGCAUCUGCCUGCCGAUCACCAGCACCACACAGGCCAAUCACAGUAUUGAUUUUGAUGCUGGCUCAGCGCUAGUGUUAACCAUCGAGAGUACGCUAAUCACAGCCUGCUCCUCCGAAUCUCUGGUCAGCAAAGGCCAUUUCAAGAACUUUUGCAUUCGAUUUGCUGAGGGGUUUGAGACCACUUGGGAUGACUGGAAACCUGAGAUCAGAGGAGACCUGGUCAUGAAUGCCUGUGUUGUCCCUGAUGGCACUUAUGAGGUUUGCUCCAGAACGACAGGCCAAGCAUCCGCAGAAAGCAGCAGUGCAGGGACGUGGACGCUAAAUGUCUUGUGGAAGAUGUGUGGUAUCGAUGUGCACAUGGAUCCCAACAUCGGCAAGCGUCUGAAUGCUCUGGGUAACACGCUCACCUCUCUGACUGGUGAAGAGGACAGUGAUGACAUCACAGACCUCAACUCAGUCAACAUGGCUGACAUAUCAGACGAGGACGAGAGUGACGGCAUGUCUCCCCCAUACACUCGUGUCCUGAUGGGGAUCUCAGUCCCAGACUUUUCGUUCAGGAAGCGGCUGGUGAACAGCAUUCUGGGCAUUAGCCCCAGCCCCCCUCCCCUCUCACCUUCUGAGUGUCGUAAUAUUUCUCCAUCAUCCACAAUAACUCGGCUAAAGUCGAGAAACCCCCUGUCCUGGGGCUGUGAGUCUGUUGACUUGCGCAGACAGGCAGUCAUGAGCAAUCAGAUCAUCGAUGCUCGUGGACGGAAGUUCUCAAAGCGCUUGGUGGAUAUUAGAGAACUCAAUGAGCAAGCCAAAGUUAUUGACGAUCUCAAGAAACUGGGAGCAAGUGAAGGCACCAUAAACCAGGAAAUCCAGCGCUAUCAGCAUUUGGAAUCUGUCGCUGUCAAUGAUAUCCGUCGGGAUGUGCGCAAGAAGUUACGGCGCUCCAGCAUGCGGGCUGCGUCAUUGAAAGAUAAAUGGGGUUUAGGGUACAAGCCAAGCUACAGCAACAGCAGAUCAAAGAGCAUUUCGGCAACAGGCAGACCACCAAUGAAGAGGUCGGAUAGACCCAGGGACGAACUGCCAGACAUUAAAGUGGAUGCAGCAUCUCCAGCCCCAAGGGUUACCUUCAACAUUGACAUGAUGGAAACCCCAAACGCAAUCCCAAGUCCAGCUGACUCUGUUUUUAAGUUCCCGGAGGAGACAGAGUUGGACCUGUUGUCUGUCACCAUUGAUGAUCCUGCCCAUUACCCAUCAUGCUCAGUGUUCAGUGCCCCUGGCACACCCGCAGUCUUUUCACCAACCAUUCCCUUCCAGCCUGAUGACAGUCGCCGUGACGAGCUCUCCUCGACUUCGUCAGAGGAUUCAGACAAAGACGACGAGUUUUACAGGGAAAGACCACACAGCUAUUAUCGCAGACCAGGGGGCUCUCAGAGAAAGCCAUCUGCGCUGUCAGCAUUAUUCAGCGAGCGCUGGCCGGCCACACCCCCACAGCGUGGAGCAUUGACUCCGCCCACUGAGCGGAACAUCGACUUCGAGCUGGAUGUGCGUGUUGAGAUUGACAGCGGCAAGUGUGUGCUGCACCCCAGCACCCAGCCACCCGAGCAUGAAGAUCUCGGAGUGAGGAGGAGCUGUGAGCGGAGUUCGAGGAGUCUGGACCAGGAAUCUCCUCCUAAGAAGCGAAGGCAGCAGCACAGUUUUGCCUCCAGCUCCCAACUACUGACUGCAAAGCGAGUGCCCACCUCUCUGCAGAGCAAGAGCAGUGACAUUGAGAACACUGUCUUCUAUAUCCCUGGAGUGGAUGUUAAGCUGCAUUACAAUUCUAAAAUGCUGAAGACUGAUUCGCCCAAUGCCUCGCGUGGAUCGUCCCUUCCCAGAACCUUUUCCAAAGAGUCCAAGCUGUAUGGUAUGAGAGAUGCACCCACACCAGCAACCUCAGGCCCUGGCAAGACUUACACACUCCUCUCCCCCCCUCCCCCUCCUCUCCCUUCAGCCAAAGGUAAAGCAAGUGUAGGGGUGAAGACGGCUAAGCUGUAUGCAUGGGUAGCUCUGCAGACACUGCCAGAGGAAAUGGUCAUCAGUCCAUGUCUGCUAGACUUCCUGGAGAAAGCACUGGAGACCAUUCCCAUCACACCAAUCGACAGGAACUAUGCAACUCUGAAUGUUCCUGAGGAAGAUGUAGGUCACUUUGAUUCUGUGGAGCCUCUGGAGGAGUCUCAGGUGUCUCUUGUGUCUUCUGCUACAUCUCCAUACUCUUCCUUCCCUGUGGAUGUGGUAGUUUAUGUCAGGGUGCAGCCAUCUCAGAUCCGGUUCAGCUGUCUGCCCAUGUCUCGUGUGGAGUGUAUGCUGAAACUUCCCUCUCUAGACCUGGUGUUCUCAUCCAACAGAGGUGAGCUAGAGCCCACCACCCAUCCAUCUGAGGGACAACACACCCCCUCCUCCACACCUCCAUCGGUCCACAAUGCCAACAGAGUGCCUGGAAGCAAAGGUCCAUCCAGUCCUCCAGGCCGGAGUCGCCACCACAGCAGCCAAUCAGAUCUAACAGGCCCAUCCUUAAACUCAUCAGGUCUGAGCUUUACCGCCUGUAUGUCAGAUUUUUCACUGUUUGUGUUUCAUCCUUAUGGAGCCGGCAAACAGAAGUCUGCAGUUACUGGCCUCCCACCUGGACCAGGACCACUGGGAGUUGACGAGGAGGCCUCCUCAGUGACAGGCAGGAAAGACUCUCUCUCCAUCAACCUGGAGUUUGUAAAAGUCAGCCUUUCCCGGAUGAGACGGACAGGAUGUCCAGCAUUUAUUGAUACUCUCAUUGCCAGCAAGGGUGGGAAGAUGGACACAACUCUUAUCAACAUCUCCGCGGUGUGUGAUAUCGGUUCUGCUUCCUUCAAGUAUGACAUGAGACGUCUGAGUGAGAUUCUAGCAUUUCCCCGUGCUUGGUACCGCAGAAGCAUUGCCAGAAGAUUGUUUUUAGGAGACCAGACCAUUAACUUACCAGCCUCAGGUCCUGCAACGCCAGACUCUGUGGAGAGCAUUGCGCAGCACCUGUCUCCCGAGUCCAGCCGUAAAGCGUACUGGAGGACAUGGGAUGGCAAGUCCACUCAACACCCCUCCUCCUCCGUCUUCACUGAUGCCACACCAAGCCAUGCACACCUAAAAUCACCUGCCACCGGACGUUCACGCAGCGUGUCCGACUCCUCAGCACCGCGCAGAGACUCUGUUACCAAGACCUCCACCCCGUCGUUCCGGAAUGGAAAAGCAGCAGCACAGCAGGGUUCGCCAUGGGAGACGCUGGUGGUGUUCGCUAUCAACCUUAAACAGCUUAAUGUUCAGAUGAACAUGAGCAACGUCAUGGGCAACAAUACUUGGACAACAAGUGGGCUGAAGAGUCAGGGCCGUCUGUCCGUGGGUAGUAACCGAGAUCGUGAGAUCAGCAUGUCUGUUGGACUGGGCCGCUCCAAACUGGAUUCCAAAGGAGGAGUGGUGGGUGGCAACAUUGAUGUCAACACACUCGAGAUGGUCUCUCAUAUUUCAGAACAUCCAAAUCGGCAGCCCAGUCAUAAGAUCCAGAUCACCAUGGGUUCUACAGAGGCCCGGCUGGACUACAUGGGUUCCAGCAUAUUGAUGGGCAUCUUCAGUAAUGCUGACCUGCAACUCCAGGACGAGUGGAAGGUGAACCUCUGCACGACUGAUUCCAGUCUUUCUGAGAAAAGUGAGAUCUUUGUACAUGGAGACCUGCAGUGGGACAUAUUCCAGGUGAUCAUCUCCCGCUCCACAACCCCUGACCUGAUAAAGAUCGGCAUGAAGCUACAGGAGUUCUUCACACAGCAGUUUGACACCAGCAAGCGAGCCCUGUCCACCUGGGGCCCGGUCCCCUACAUGCCUCCCAAAACCCCGGUCAUCAACAUGGACAAAGGAGCAGCUGAACUCUAUAUGGAUGCAGCUCAUCACAGGCAUUGGCCCAGUGUGUUGAAGAUGGUGGCAGGGUGUCACAUUUCCCUCUUCCAGAUGCCUCUUCCAGAGGAUGCUGUGCAGCUGGGGGGCUCCAUGAGUCUCCAUGGCAAUCACAUGACUCUGGCUUGUUUCCACGGGCCCAACUUCCGUUCCAAGUCUUGGGUGCUGUUCCAUCUGGAAGAGCCCAACAUCGCCUUCUGGACAGAAGCACAGAAGAUCUGGGAGGAUGGCUCCAGUGAUGAUUCUACAUACAUCGUUCAAACCCUUGACUUUCACCUUGGGCAUAAUACAAUGGUAACCAAGCCUUGCGGUGCUCUGGAGAGCCCGAUGGCAACAAUCACUAAGGUCACCCGCCACCGCCAUGAAAACCCCCCACAUGGGGUGGCUACAGUCAAAGAAUGGUUCAACUAUGUCACUGCCAUGAGGAAUGAAGAGCUGAACUUGUUGCGUAAUGUGGAUGCAAACAACUCGGAGAGCGGCGCAGCAGCAAAGAGCUCCAGCCUCCUCAGCGGCUUCAAGGGCGCCUCCAGCUACAACCAUGAAACCGAGACCAUCUUUGCCCUUCCCAAAAUGCAGCUCGAGUUCAAAUCCAUCCACGUACAAGACCCUGAGGAACCUUCUCUCAGUGAUGCCAGCAGUAAACCCAAAGUGGAGUGCAGUGUGGUGACCGAGUUCACCGAUCACAUCUGCGUUACCAUGGAUGCAGAGCUCAUCAUGUUCCUGCAUGACCUGGUGUCGGCAUACUUGAAAGAAAAGGAGAAAGCUCUCUUCGCGCCGCGCAUCUUUGCGUCUCGACCCGGUCAGAGGAGCCCCACGGCGCAGCAGGACGAGGCCUCGUCAGAGAAGAAGGAAAAUGAAGAGGGAGUGAACUACACUACAGUGGACUGGAGAGAGUUCCUCUGUAACACAUGGCAUCUGGAGCCCACACUACGGUUGAUCUCGUGGACGGGCCGUAAGAUCGAUCCGGUGGGGGUGGACUACAUCUUGCAGAAGCUGGGAUUCCACCACGCCAGGACUACAAUUCCCAAGUGGCUGCAGAGAGGAGUGAUGGACCCGCUGGACAAAGUUCUGUCCGUUCUCAUUAAGAAACUUGGCAUGGCACUGCAGGAUGAGAAAGAGAAGAAAGGCCAUCGAGACAAAGAGGAGCAUUAACUCGAAACACACUAAUGUAUUGAUACAUUUCCGCUUAUCUGGAGCCAUCCAUGUGAAUUUCCUUAUUUUUUUUUUACCUUGUCUGAAACCACUGGAUUUAUUGCAAACUACUGUACAGCACACACAUAUUAGUCACCGCUAUAUUGUGUGAACAUUCAUGUUUGCCUUGGUUUAUAUGGCCAUAGCUCUUGGAAGACUGAAAGUUUUUUUUUAUUUUUUUAUUUUCAGAUCACCGAGACAUGAAUAGCUGCUGCUGAAUGCCAUUUGGACUUUUACCAUGAAUUAAAUGCACUUAUACAUCACUGACACUAACAAAUGAGCAGUGAUCUUAAGCUACAGUAUACAGGUGUGCUCUUGAAAUCAGUUUACAUGAGUUCAGAGGAGCGGUGUGCAUCUGGUGUUCUUUCUCUGAGCUGAUGAAUAUACUGUUGACUAUUGCCAAUCAGACUUUUUAAAUAGUUUUAUUCAACAUUUUAAGAGCAAACGAUACAGGUAACCCCUGACCGGGUGGUAAAGUGUUCUUUAAGCCAGCAGAGGACUUGUGAACAUCCCGAAGCCUAAUUAUUCCUUUGAGAGUGACCAAAUUUUCUGAUGCCUGGUUCGCAACACAUUUCGAGGGACGAUAGAGUAGAAAUGCCUCAGAUAUUCCUGUGAAUACAUCAGAACUUCAGACUGUGCGGUGUAAUGUGAACUGGCCUAUAAAGCAAGGCUCGAACUCAAAAUAGACAAACAAAAUGUAAAUAUCUUAAAUGCAGUUAUUACCUAUGUUAGGCCUGUGGUGAUAUUUUUUCCUUUUUCAUGUGCAAUAGACCAUUGUAUAUACAGAGGUAAAUAUGUUCAAUGUGCUGAUUUCUUAACCGAAUUAAAUCAUUACUACUAAAAUGAAA